GGCCCGGUUCAAACGUCGAACUUUACAUGUGCCGAACCUAAUACCUAUUUGGGUCGACCUAAAUAAUUAAGUUCGGCAGUUGAUUCAGACGUCGAUCCUAAUAGAGUCGAACCAAACUGCCGAAUAACAAAAUUAAACCCAUUAUGGUCAGCGGUCAAUCAUAAUCAACCAAUUCAACAUGGCGGAGUUUUCUAGCGCGGGAAACAAUGCUGAAGAAGUUCUAAUCGCUAAUGCCAUCCGUGAAGGUAGAAGAAGGCGCCUUAACAUGCAAAUGGCAUUAAACAACCUAGUAGCUCGGAGGAGGAAAGUAUUGAAUACUUGUUUGCUUGUUUUAUUGUUGAUUUCAUCGCAACGAAACAGCAUCACUCCUGUGUCUCGCUCCUGUCGUCGGUUGACCAGAAACACUGGAUGGUGGGAGAAUGCUUGGAACAAUUAUUCGGAGGCGAGAUUCAAGAAAACAUUUAGGGUUUCUCGGUCAACGUUCAGGUACAUAUUAAAUCGCAUUGGCCCAUUUCUUGCUAGAGAAAUAGUGACGGAGGAUCCAAUUUCCCCAGAACUGAGGCUAGCUCUUUGUUUGUAUCGACUGGGCCGCGGAGAUUAUUUCUAUACUAUCGCAGAGAUGGCAGGUUUAGGAGUAUCAACGGUAUGUUCCAUCGUUAAUGAAGUCUGCCAGCUCCUUGUUGACCAUCUUUGGAGUGAGUGCGUGUCUAGUCAUAUGCCCAAGACUCAGGAUGACUUUAAGAAAAAAAUGUUGGAUAUGGACGAGUUUUGGCAAUUUCCUUGCUGUUGGGCAGCAAUAGACGGCUGUCACAUUCCCAUUAAAUGCCCUCCUGGUGGACUUGAGGCAUGCAAGGAAUAUCAUAACUUUAAGAACUUUUAUUCCAUAAUACUAAUGGGCCUGGUAGAUUCCCAUUACAGAUUUGUUUGGGGCAGCUGUGGGUUCCCCGGGAACUCCCAUGAUGCUGUAAUUUUUCGUUCCACCGACCUCUGGAACUCAAUACAAGAAGGUUUUAUUCCAACAAUUGGUAAAGAUGUGGGUGAAAUUACUGUCCCACCCCUCAUUGUUGGAGACUCUGCAUUCCCCCUUCGUUCUUGGUUAAUGAAGCCAUUUACCAAUGCUGUAUUGACACCUCAGCAGCGUUACUUCAACUAUCGCUUGAGUAGAGCACGCAUGGUCACAGAAGCUGCAUACGGCCAACUUAAGGGUAGGUGGAGAGUCCUACUCCGGAAAAGUGAAACCAGCCGAGAUCAAGUCCGCAUAACCACCCUAGCAUGUAUUGUACUUCAUAAUAUUUGUAUUAUGCAGGGAGAUGCCAUCUCAAGAAAGCUUGAUCUAUCUGUGGAUGAAAGUGGUGGAAAGAGGGACAGGGAGGAGUUGAGAAAGUUGCUGCAGAUGAGCGACUGCCCAAGCCUAAAGGAUGCUUCUUAUGAGGCAGCUAGAGUCAGAGAUGCACUUUGUGCAAAAUUAUGGCUUGAGAAGCAAACAGGGAAAGUUUGUUAACUGCUACAUAGUCCAUUAUUAGUUUAAGGGGGCAUUGGUAUAUUCACAAAUUUCCCAAUACAUACAUGUACAUGUAGCACUCAUUUUUCACAACUUAUUGCAAAAUCAGAGUAGUUGUGAAACAUUUAGUCAACUUUACAUCUAUUUGAUAGUGGUGGAAUUUGUGAGUAUCCCUAAUGAUGCUGAAGUAGUGCUGGCUUUUGUAUGAUUAUGCUUGGACCAUGAAACAGAUACUGCACAAUUAGAUUAACCCCAAUUAGCUGCUGCUGGGCUGAGGACUAGUCAAUAGCCAAGAAGUAAUUAGGGGUGUAUUUAGCACCCGUGCAUAUAGCUUAAAAAGAAUGUAACAUUCUGAAGGGCCAAUUCGAAAGAAAUGUACCUUAAGUCAAAACAAAAGACCAUACUAGACCGAUACACUUCAAUAUUCUUUUAAACAUACCUACUGCAAACUGUUUCAUGGUCAAGGUAAAUUUACUACAUUGUAGUGUAUCAAUCCCACAGUUAAAAAGGACUGCAGUACUUUCAUGAGUUGAUUGUUAGUGUCUUUUGUAUAGCUCUUUGAUGAAUGCGUGUUAGUGUCAAAAAUUUAACAAAAAGAACCCAUAGUGGUUAUAAUGUCAAGCAACUCUUACUGUUAGCUUCCAAUAAACAUUCAAUACAGAUAUCCCAAAACAUUGAACUUUAUAUUGUUUUGCUAGAAGUUUUUAAGGCUCACCAUUUUGUACCACUUGCAGUAUUGAUGUACUUGAGUUAAGCAGAUUGAGAGCAUCAUUGGUGUAGAAGGAAAUGCACUACCCACAUAAAGGGACUAAAAAUGGUUUUUUACAUAGUGUUGUUCCACAAAUAUCCAUACUCCCCUUUUUGUCUCCAUACUUUCCUUCAACAACUUGGGCCAUUUAAGGAUCUCUUCUGUUCAAAAAGUGCAAUUGUCCUCAAUGAGGUGGGUAUGGAUAUUUUAGGAACAAUAUAUAAGUCCUGUGCACUUAAAUAUCAGGUGGAAGGAAAUACAUUAAACCAAAAAAAGUCAAUAUUAUUUCCAUAAAAAUGAUGAUAACGUGCUCUGUUAUUUAUUCGAUCCAUGUCACAUAAUUUGUCAUGGUAAGUAAAUAAUACAAACCGAUUUCAAUAUACAUGUACAUAAUAUCUAAAAUGGAAUAUUUGUUUUCAAUGAAGGAAAAUAAAAAUUA